GGUGGCGAGCUUUGAGAUCUUCGCCCUUUCCCCCCGAAAUGAGGGCUUUGUGCCGCCUCGGUAGCAGCGGACUUGCGUCCAGCUGCGCCGAGGCAUCCUCAGCAUGUCCCGGCCCCUCGACGACUUGGCAGCGCCACAGUCUCAUCUUGACGGUAUGUUGAGCUGAGAGAUGCCGCACACACACAACACACGGCAGACAAAGGGAGUAACACACGCCCAUCUGAUCUGUCGUGCUGUGUUGCUGAAAAAACAAUUCUCUGUCCUAUUUGUGUUUUGCUUUGCUUUGCAGCGGACCAAGAUGACCAAGACGCAGUCGUACCACCGGGAUGCGUCGGCCAAUCACAAGGACGUCGGGCAGCAGUACUACGCAAAGAUCGGCGUCAAGACCCUCUCGGCCGAAUUCGCAUACCCCGGCAAAAUGCUGGUGGGCGACGGAGGGGAGGGCAGAGAGCGUGUGUGUGUGUGCAGAGAGGCAGGGCGUGUGUGUGUGUGUGUGUUGUGUGUGCAGGCGUGGCACCGCAAGAUCAUCGCCUUCAACCCGACCCCGACGCGCCACCGGCACUUCAAGACCUACCCGGGCGAGAACGUCAUCGUCACCAAAAACACUUCGCUCGUCUCGGCCGCAUACGUACGCACCGAAUGCCAACAAACACACACACACAGAAAUGCCAUGGCCAUGCCAUCUGUGUGUGUGUUGGUCUGUCCCCUCCGUGUGUGUUGUGAUCGUAUCGGCCGGAUCAGGGUCGCAUCAAGUACACCCACGAUGUGACGCGUGACGUGAUGCUGAUCAACGUGCUGCCCGAGCGGCGGGAGGAGCUCUUGCGUGAGGACCUCUGGCGGUACCGCACUGAGCACGUCCGCUCCAUGGAGGAGAACAAACACCUCUGCGCCCUCCGCACCAAGUCAUGGUUCCGCACACACCCCGAUGCCAAGCCCCUCGUCAACCCCCCCACCAAACCGGAGCCGCGGCCCACCCGGCUUAGCCGUCAUGACGCGUGGGAGAACCCUUCGAUGCCCGACGUGCCCUACCUUUACGAUGAGACCACCCCGCUGGCCGGCAGUGCGCGGACGAGGCGGAAGAAGAUCAAGGAGAUGAAGGCCAAGGGGCUGUGGGAGAGCGACCCUGUCACGGAUUUCUUCACGAAGGUGCCUGUGAGGGACCCAUGACAUGACUGUGUGUUGGUUGCAUCGUGGCCAGCCAGGCCUGUGAGUGUGUCUGUUCGUUGGUUCGCACUCCAUCUCGGCAUGGACAAUUUCAGCG